AGCAGGGCCUGGGCGUGUUUCUGUGUCAAAACCCGUGCAAACUUGCAUUCGCGACUUAUUCCUGACCAAGCGACGUUCGGGUCUCGUGCGAGCUUGGUUGCGUUGCGAAGGGAAGCAACGACGCUGCUUUUGCCAGACUUGAUAUACACGCAACCGGCAUCAUGCCCAAGACUGCACUCGUCAAGAGCUACAACUCUUUGAUGCCAACGCCCAAUAUGGUGACAGUCCAAAGCCUCGAAGGCGAAAAAGACUUUGAGAUCACAAAUAAGACCACGGGCCAAGAGUUCAUUGAUAUGGUCAAUGAGAGCUUUGGCCUCGGCGAACAGCCUUUCUUCAACUUGCAGUAUGUUGACGCAAAAGAUUACGAGGCCUUUGUUAACCCAGAGAAAAAGGUCCUUUCGCAUGACCUCAAGAAGGUGGGCAAGGAGGAGAAGCACGUCUUUGUCUUCCGGGCGCAAUACUUUCCUGAGAUGGUUUCGGAUGAGCUCACCAACCUGACAGCCGCACGUCUGCUUUGGCGUCAAGUGCGCGAUGAAAUUCGGGCUGAUGAAUGCUACGCCCCGCCUGAGCUCUGUGUCCUCUUUGCUGCCCAAUCGUUGCAAGCCCUGCACGGCGACGAGUCCACCAACGAAAGCUUGCCCAUUGAAGCAAACUCCGAGCUACCACCCCGCGUUGUGGUCCAGCAUCAGCUUACGCCAGAGCAAUGGGCGGAUCGUAUCCGCAAUGCGUGGAAGGGCCUGCAGGGCGUAUCCCAGCAACAGGCAUACAUGGAUUAUCUGGGCAUUGCCCAAGAUUUGGAGCAGUAUGGCUUGACGUACUUUGAGAUUCACAACAAGAAAGGCUGCCCGCCGCAGCUCAUCAUCUCUUGCAUGAACAACCUUCCCCCCUAUCCGUGCGGUUCUUUGGUGACACCACGCCUUGGCUUCCCUUGGACGGAGAUUCGCAACAUCUCGUUCAACGACAAAAAAUUCACCAUCAAGAUGGUCGAUGCCAAGGCUCCGGAUUUCAAGUUUUUCUCACCGCGCUUCAAACUGAACAAGCGUAUUUUGGCGCUGUGUGUGCGGAACCACCAGCUCUAUGUCGCGCGCCGGCGAAAGCAGCUCAGCGGUGAAGGCAUGAUGGAGGACCGUGCCGCUCUCGAAGCCAAGAUCCGCAAGACCAAGGACCAGCUGCUCGUGAGUGUCAAAUUCUGUCCCCUUUCCUCAGCUGCUCAGAGGGACGAGAAGAAACAAGAGACUGAGAGGGUGGUCGAUGACGCUCUGCGGCCAACUCAACAGAGCGAGACGCCGCAGGCAAAGGCUAUCCGCGCGGACUUGGAGUCUGUCAAGGAUGCGACAAAGGAGACACGUGAAGAUCGCAUCCACAAGGAGAAUGAGGCUGCUGGCAUGGACAAGCUCAAAACCAUGAAGAAAGCACAAUCGGGCGAUGCGGUGCGCCGUAUCGAAAUGUUUGAGGAGCUGGAGGAUGCCGAGUGCUAA